AUCUAAUGGAAACUAUUCUGAUUCAGGCGCUUCCUGUUGGAGUGCUGGGGUGAAAUCGAAUCCCUGAAGUGCUGCCACAACUUGAUGCAUGAGGUACAGAAAUUUUAGUUCGACUCCAGAGCUCACGUUUUGCACAGAAGAAAUGCAACAUCAGUUAGCUUUCUUUCUUUGCAGUGAUUUAUGGGGCGGAAUAGCCGUUUCCUUUUCUUCAGCAGCUCCUGUAUUCCUUGGCAGAAGACUGUAGGAGACAGUAGCAGUAGUGAAGUAAGCCAUUAUACCGGGGUACCCCCCAAGCAACACGCAAAGAGGCUGGGCAAUCAGGAAGAGACAGGCCACAUUCACGGAGGCUCGAUUAUCCAGUAUUAGUUCAUUCUUCUUGCAACUGGUGACGACUUUGUAAAAGUAAAUCAAAGCGAUCAAUGCAAACACUGUCUGAUCGUGCAUCAUUUUGUUUCUUUUUCGAAAAGAAAAUGGAACAGAUUAGAGGUUUUCUCCGUCCGUGUCACUGAGAUUGUCUGUAAUAGAUUGUGACCUCCGAGCUUGACAGGAUUGACUGAACAACACCAGCAUGUUUCCCUAAUGAGACUAUAUCCAGUAAGGCAGACAACCUUUAAUUGCCGUCCGUUGGCUUUGUUGUGGUGUGACGUUGGUGCUGGGAGAACCAGCCUGGAAUUACUGAAUGCCGAUGGAAGACGCGAUGGACAAAUUUGAUGAUAUGGCUUCUGUAAGCGAGUUCGACCCUAUUCAAGGAAGCAUCCCGGCCACGAAAGUGGAGAUUACCGUGUCCUGCAGGAAUCUUUUGGAUAAAGAUACAUUCUCAAAGUCCGACCCACUUUGUGUUCUAUAUGUACAAGGAAUUGAGACUAUACAGUGGAGAGAGUUUGGAAGAACAGAAGUAAUCGACAACACCUUAAAUCCAGACUUUGUACGGAAAUUCAUUCUAGAUUACUUCUUUGAAGAGCGACAAAAUCUCCGAUUUGAUUUAUAUGAUGUUGAUUCAAAAAGUCCAGAUUUAUCAAAACAUGAUUUUCUGGGACAGACAUUCUGCACUCUGGGAGAAAUUGUGGGCUCGUCAGGAAGCCGAUUAGAGAAACCACUAAUUGGAAUUCCAGGAAAGAAAUGUGGGGCAAUCAUACUGUCGGCUGAAGAACUUGGUAAUUGUCGGGAUGUUGCAACAAUGCAAUUCUGUGCCAAUAAACUUGACAAGAAAGAUUUCUUUGGAAAGUCUGAUCCUUUCAUGGUUUUCUAUAGAAGUAAUGAAGAUGGAACCUUCACAAUUUGCCAUAAAACAGAAGUGGUGAAAAAUACCUUGAAUCCUGUGUGGCUCCAGUUCUGUAUUCCAGUGCGGGCCCUCUGCAAUGGCGACUAUGAUAGAACGAUCAAGGUGGAGGUAUAUGACUGGGACAGAGAUGGGAGCCAUGACUUCAUUGGAGAAUUUACAACAAGCUAUCGAGAACUUGCCAGAGGACAAAGUCAGUUCAAUGUUUAUGAGGUAAUAAAUCAAAAAAAGAAAAUAAAGAAGAAGAAGUAUGUUAAUUCAGGAACGGUUACAUUGUUAUCUUUCACAGUUGAAUCUGAGCAUACAUUCCUCGAUUAUAUUAAAGGAGGAACUCAGAUAAAUUUUACAGUGGCUAUCGAUUUCACAGCUUCUAAUGGAAAUCCAUCUCAGUCCACCUCAUUACACUAUAUGAAUCCUUACCAGAUGAAUGCGUAUGCAAUGGCACUGAAAGCAGUGGGGGAAAUCAUUCAGGACUAUGACAGUGAUAAGAUGUUUCCAGCUUUGGGAUUUGGAGCUAAACUGCCUCCCGAUGGAAGAGUUUCACAUGAAUUUGCUCUGAAUGGCAACCCUGACAACCCAUAUUGUAAUGGUAUCGAAGGAAUUCUUGAAGCAUAUCACAGGAGUCUCAAGACAGUCCAGCUUUAUGGACCAACAAAUUUUGCACCAGUGAUUAAUCACGUAGCAAGAUAUGCAACAGCAGUACAAGAUGGCUCACAGUACUUUGUUCUGCUCAUUAUAACAGAUGGAGUUAUCUCAGACAUGGCACAGACUAAAGAAGCUAUUGUUAAUGCUGCUAAGCUUCCUAUGUCAAUUAUUAUUGUUGGAGUUGGACAAGCAGAAUUUGAUGCAAUGGUGGAAUUGGAUGGUGAUGACAUCAGAGUAUCUUCACGAGGGAAACUUGCAGAGAGAGAUAUUGUACAGUUUGUGCCAUUCCGCGAUUAUAUUGACCGCACAGGAAAUCAUGUGCUUAGUAUGGCUCGACUGGCUAAAGACGUUCUAGCUGAGAUUCCAGACCAGUUUAUUUCCUACAUGAAAACCCGAAGCAUCAAGCCCAAUCCUGCCCCACCACCAUACACACCUACAGGCCUUGGUGUUCACACACAGAUCUGAAAAACAUCAUUUCUGGGAUACUUAAACUUGCCAGAAACGGCUUGUGAUGUUUAAUGUGUUGAUUAUUCAUCUGCUGUAGCCAGAUGCCAAGAAAGCAGAACAUCUUGGGAAGUUUCAUGUGCUCAAUCGUAAGAUUUGUUCUACAAGUACAAUAUUGUUGAGUGAUUGAGGUUCACCGAAAUAAAGGAUCCAGAUCCAUAUUCUUUGAAGAUGAAACAACAAAGAAAUACUGGAAAAAGUUAUGAAGACUUCUGCUGGAGUUUCAGAAGGGAUUGGAUGUCAAUCCACCCAAGGAGUGAAGUCAGAUAAAAUAUGUGGAAUAUAGUGAGUAGAAAAUGCAGAACAAGUUGAGGACUUGCAGAUGGUUUACUUACUGAAUAUUUUGAUGAUAUCGGUACCAUUUGAAAAUUGUCUGUUUUGUCUCUUGAAGUUUACAAAUUGAUUCUUUGUACAAUCUGAAUGGUUUAUAUAAUGCAGAAACUCUUUUAGUCAAUUGUUUGGAAAAUCAAUGGGAAUUUCUCAUGUUUCAUUGUUUACUGCAUCCACUAGUGGUUUUUUGUAGCUUUUGUGAUUAGUUUUGGAGUUCAUUUAGGCCAAAUAAGUUAAAGAGAAUUAUCAACUGCUCAAUAUAAAUUCUGUAGCCUGAACUCCACCAAACCAUGCAAAAAUGAUAGAUUUGAAAUUGAAGGUGAUAAUUACAAUUAUACAGAAUGAUCUAUGUGAUCUUCUUUGCACAAAACAGAAUACUUUCUGUUUGACAUAAAGAGCAGAAAUUUCAGCUUCUAUGUGCAUGCAAAAUGAGCAGCUUUUCGCCAACUACAAUAGAGGGUUCUCAUAACUUUAAUAACUAAAUGAUAGAGGAAAACUCCAAAUGGCAUAUUAAAGAAUAUUCAUGAAUUCUUAACACUUCACAUUUCUAGCCUGAAUAUGAAUUCUACCUUUUGCGAUACAUUGUUUAAUCUUAAUUCCAAAGUUUCUAUUAUACAGUUACCAUUUUCUGUUAAUUUCAACAUCAUGAACAUGAUAUUGACAGCACGGGUAAUAUCAGUAACAUUAAAAAAACUGUACGAAUUAUUCUUUCAGAUGCUGUUUACAGUUUCCUUCUAUCAAUGUGCAUAACCCAAGUUUUAAAGUUUAAAUAGCCCAAGGAGUUUAGAAAAAUCUUGGACAAUUUACCUUGUUGUCCUUCCAAUUGGCUCCAAUGGAAAAGGAGAUGAAAAGGGUAUCCUACAAACUACCGAUGCACAAUUGCUCCCCACCAAGUUGAAAAUUCUGCUUGAACUGGGUAAAUUUUCAACUGUGCUUACUAUAACUUUGUUCAACUCUCUGUUCAACUUUGGAUUGUAUUAAAUCAUUUUUUUAUUUUAAAAUGGGUUAUAGAUUCAUCUCAAUACAGUAAUUUCUGCAUUCCAGCCCAAUCCUAAUCCUGUGGGGAUAAAGAAAUCAUUCCAUACUAUAUUGACAAUCAACAAUUAGAUUGUAACAAACGUUUUAUAUGAAGAUCUAGUUAGAAGCACAAUUACUGCACGAUAAACACUGCAGCAUAAUUACACUGAUUUGUAGCUUGAUUCAAAAUUAUCUUUAAAGAGUGAGGGUUAAAUUCGCAUGCAAAUUCAUAUUUUAUCCUUAAUAUGGCCUUGUUAGUUUAAGAUAAAUGUGUAUCCAUUCAUUUGGACAGACCUGUUCUGUGGCCUGCCUUUUUAUCUAUCACGUAAUCAGAUCUUUACAUUUUUGACACUUGUAUAUUGUUCUCAAUAUAAAAUUUACGAUAUAGUUUCACACAGAACCUUAAAGCAUAAGUGACAGUGUAAAGCUGUUUUUUUUUAUUUUUAAGACAAUUUGACAAUCUGACUUAUCAGAGGUGCAUGAAUGAUAAUAGGUUUACUUGUGGCACUUUUUAUGUGCAAUUCUUGUAGAAGGAACAAAUUACUGACCUAUUGAAAUGACAAAAAAUGUUUUUUUUCUCUUAUUUCUAGCAUUAGUUGCAUGAGACAACAAUGAGAAAUCUACCUAAUCUAACGCUAGACCACUUCAACUGUACAAAGACAUUGCAUGUUCUGAUACUUACUAAUGCUCAAGAUACCCAGUUUUCUUGCAGUACAAAAGGCUACAGCAAAAUUCUUGAUGAGCAAUGUUACUCUGGAAGAGCAAAUGUUAUAAAUGUAAAACACUGCUUCUCAAAUGUCUGUUGCAUUAGCAAAAAUGCUGAGCAGAUUGUUGCCCUGAAAGAUGGCAUUCAGAUCCCAAGAGCUUCUAUUACCAAGUCUCUUGGCAGGAUGAGACCUAAACAAAUGACGUAUUCAAUCAAUCUGUUCUUUGCUGACUGACUGUAGAGAGUAGAAUCAGAAUAAUUCUCACAGUUAGAUCUUGAUUCUGAUGGUGAAGCGCAUAUCAAAGACUCGGAGUGGUGAGUUUAGAUGAUGUAACUGGACAUUGCCUUGGUCAGAACUAGGUAGAGCAAUACAAACUACUUAGUCCUUCAGAAUGUAUCAUUUUUCCAUUGGCUCAAUAGCAGCCUGAAGUACCAAGUUAAAUCAAGUGCAAGUCCGAACCUUAUGAAUUCAACCUGUUACAUGAAUUUCAUGAUAAUUGGGUAUUAAUUUAACAGGAUUUUUUUCAUCCAUUGUGGAAAGGAGAAUGAGGUUGUCUGUGUGCCAAACAAUGUCGUACAUCAGGAGUUGGAAUCUCAAAUAUCUGUAGUCCAAUUUCCAGGUUUUCUGGCCUUUGGAUUGUUGAUGUCUAGACAUAGGGCCCAAGAUGUAUUCUGGAGUCCAGUAGAAGUUUGAUAUGCUGAUGUUGGUGGGAAUCGUCCAAGAAAUUUGAACUUCCAAUGGGUAAUUUUGGAACCCUCCCCAAAGCACUUCCUCUGCCAGUUAGUCAUUUGAUUAGUCUGAUAUAUUUACUUGAAUAAUUGUCCAGAAAAUGUCAGUUAGAAAAAUCCUCGUCUAACUGUAGGAUAACAAUGCAACUGACUUCCCCAAUCACUCACACUGAUCCUUCAGCUCCCCACUUGACACCCCAACUACUUUUCUGCUCCCUUUACAAUCCCUGACUUGACUAUCCUCUGACCAUCUGAUUAACAUCCCCAACUGCCUGACUGGCACUAGUUCAACCUGAAUAUCCCAACAGUCCAUCCUACCCAGUACCAUCUCACUCACUUCCCACAAAACCACUUGUCUCACCACCCUACCCAUUUACAGACUAGCCUCAGCAGCCUACUGCAUUCACCCAUUCGGAAACCUUUAUAUCGGACACUUAUAUUCACCGUGUAGCAGCUCAUGCUGCAGGAAGGGAAAAUGGCUUGGCCUUGUACCUUUUUCAUCUCCUGACACUCCGGCAACUCUUUAACUCAGGAUAAAAACCAAAUUCCUAAAGAAGCAGGGCCAGGAACAGCCAGCCAGAAAUGAGGAGCCACUUUAGAUGGACAAAAAUAAGAGCAGAACAGCAAUCAAAUGAUGAUUAUCACUCUGCAGAACAUUGGGGCCAUCAAACGUCAACAUUAGCACAAACAGAUUUUAUCAGCAGAAUUUAAAUAUCUGUUUCCAAUUUACAAUUAUAUCUAUUCUAGGCAUUAACUAUAGCUUUUUAGGCAAUAUUAUUAACUUGGAUAGCAACCUCUCUGAAAUAUUUUUGAAUUGAGCAAAAACAUUGUGAUAAUAGUUCCCUGGUGCAUUCUACAUGACAAUGCCUCGACCAACCAGAGUCAAUUUACCAAACAACUAGCCCCCGUUUCAUGUAGUAUAAAUUGUUGCUCCCUUAGAAAUUUGGCAUUCUUGUGUUUGUCCUGAUGAAUGCAAAAUGAAAAGCUUUGAUAGCGUGUCUCUUUUUUCAGCAACAUUCAAGUUCUGUGCUACUAAGUGACCGUAUAAAUAUUAUUACAUAAAUGGUUUCCUGACUAUCCUUCAGCAUGAUUGAACUAAGCAGUAUUAGUGCCAGUUAAAUUCAAAUUAUUGCUUUAAACAUCAGUUUGAAUUAACAGUCUGAUUUUAGGAUGUGUAUUACACUAAAUAGUAAGUGUUCUGUUAAUUAUGUUCUCAUCUCAUUAGUAAUUCUCACCUUUCUGCAGCAACCUUUCUCUUAAGAAAUUGUCAACUUAUUUGCAUUCAAAGCCAAAUGGUUCUGUUCAAAGUUUACUGAAUCCUUGCAUAAUCUGCAUCAUUCAACUUCCUAACCUCAGCAAUUAACUGAAUGUGCCAAUCCAAAAAUUUGAGUUGACUUCAUUCUUUCUUAGCAUGCAUAAGACAGAUUAUAUUAAGAAUGCAAAAAAGAAGAUGCCCACUUCUUAGGGCUGUAAUAACUGCUGAUGUUAAAAGUAAAAUCCAAUAUGAAAUGCUGUUGUGCUCUGUGUUUGAGAAAUGCUAAGUUUUUGAUGCUUGAAAGUGCUUCAUUUGAUUUGAGUUUUAUUUCCAUAAGAGAUGCAUUACAGCAGUAAUUUCUUUGCUGUACUGGCAAUUCUGCUUUCAAAAUUCUAACUGCCAUUUUUUCACAAAUGUUGAGAAACCUGAAUCACCAUGAAAAACUAUAUCAGCAUUGCUAAUGACCUUCGAGCUUCUACUGGUAAAAAGAGUGAAAUAAAAUCAUCAAGAGACUCUGCUCUCUCCACAAGUUAAUAGUUUUCUGUCUUUGCAAUCUCUCCGCCUUCACGAUUUAUUAAUCUCCAAAGCUUUCAUAUUUUCCAGAGUAGAAACACAGAGGUGAAAAGUUCUGUUUUUAUAUUUAAUGGUUCCCUAUUAAGCCAUCUUGCAUCUUGAUGUUGAGCUGUAACUGUGCAUUGAAUAAAGUUGACAUUAUUGCAAAGGCACCAUGUAAGAACAAGUCUGAAGGUUACUUUUCAUUGCAGUGCGUGCUGAUUUGGAAAGACCAAGCCUAAACUCUUAACCAUUGAUUGCCUAAGUCUUCCACUGAUGCAAUGUUUCUCAGUGCCAUGGCAAUCCAUUGCAACAUAACUCAUAUUUUCAAGACUUGCACUAUAAAAUAUGGGUAAAUUUGGUCUUUCACGGGAAUGGCAAAGAGGAUUGGCAGCUACUUUAAACUUUUAUUCAAUUCUUUUGAAAGUGAAAUUGCUGCUGUUUCAUUAUUGCUUGGUGUACAUUAUCAUCACAGACCAAUUUCAUUUUCAGUGUUCAUACAAUAAUGCAUAAUGAAUUUACAACACUUAAAGGCCCAGGUCUUACUCUUUUCCAAAUUUGAAAAACAUAUUUUGUUUAACGAGACUUCUCAGCUUACACAUCACUCCAUACAAAUGAGCCCCUCGUCCCAGCCAAUCUAAUGGCCUCAGGUUUAUUGAUCCCAGUUUUGCGGUUGUAAUGAUGGUGAAAUUGCCAGUUUUCAUCAUCAUUAUAACUAAGAAACAGAAAUUUUUUGGCAACUAAACACAGCUUUGAAAUGUGGAAUCCAAAAGUUGCUCCCAGUAAUUUUCUAGCUUUUCACAGGCAUACAGUUGACAUUCCUGCAUGUCACCAGAAAGCAUUUAGAUUGAUGAACUUCCACUUUUAUGGUAUUAAUAUUGCUAGUAAAAGCCUUUUAAAAAUGUUGCACCCUGUUGAUAAGGUGUAAUUAAAAUUUCAAUUGUAAACGAAUGAUUUUUGAUCAACUAUA